AUGGCCAGCUUCACAAAUCCUGCUAUAGCAAUAGAAAUAUUUAGCUUCUUUUCCUAUCUCCUACUUGUAUUGUCACUUGAAAAUGAGACAAAUUUUGUGUACAAUGGCUUCCAUCAAGCAAAACUGAACUUGGAUGGAGCUUCUGUUGUGAGAUCCAAUGGCAUACUGGCCAUAACAAAUGACACAUCAAAGAUCCUUGGCCAUGCAUUCUACCCAACUCCUUUACAAUUCACUAAGUUUACACCAGGCAGCCACAACAAAUCCACUGCUGUAAACUUUAGCACCAACUUCAUCUUUUCAAUCGUUCCCAAGUAUCCUGGUUUCGGAGGCCAUGGUCUCACUUUUGUUCUCUCAUCCAAAUACCCCUUGGAAGGUUGCCUUCCAAGCCAGUAUCUAGGCCUCCCUAACGUCACUAGCAAUCCUCAAUCUUCCGCUCGUAUGCUCGCCAUAGAGUUUGAUGCCAUUCAGAAUGUAGAUAUGCAGGACAUCAAUGAUAAUCAUGUGGGGAUAGACAUAUCCAGCUUGGUGUCCAACAUAUCUGAGCCUGCAGCAUACUAUAAUACAAAUGAUGAAAAUAACAGCAAAUAUACCACCAUAAUUCUCAAGAGUGGUGACUCUCUUCAGGCCUGGAUUGACUAUGACAGCCUGCAAGAGUUGCUAAAUGUUUCAUUAUCUCCUCUUCAUAUGGGGAGGCCACCACGGCCUCUGAUAUCAUUUCCCAUUGAUCUUUCACAGGUUUUGGAUGAAUACAUGUACAUCGGCUUCUCUGCUUCGACUGGUUUGCUCUCUCCUGCUCAUAAUGUCCAUGGCUGGAGCUUUAGGAUUGGAGGAAGAGCACAAGAUUUGGAUCCAACAGAGCUGCCAACUUUAUCAUCAAGUUCUAAUGAGGUAGUUCAUCAGAAAGGAUUUAAAGUAGGUAUGACUUUCACUAGCGUAACACUUUUCAUUUUGGUCAUCUUUGCUGGUGUUUAUAUUUUACGCAGAACAAAAAAUAAAGAUGAGAUUCUAGAAGAUUGGGAAAUUGAAUAUGGAGCUCGGAAAUUUAAGUACUCUGAGCUUCAUGCUGCCACUAGAGGUUUUAGAGAGAAGAACUUCAUUGGAUCCGGAGGAUUUGGGAGUGUCUAUAGGGGGGUGGUUCCCAGUACAGGGAUAGAAGUGGCUGUAAAGCGGAUUUCUAACAAUUCCCGCCAAGGAAUUAGAGAAUUUGUGGCGGAAAUAACAAGCACGGGAAGGCUUAGACAUCGAAAUCUUGUGCAGUUACAUGGAUGGUGUCGAAGAAAAGAUGAUCUUCUCCUUGUUUAUGACUAUGUACCAAAUGGAAGCCUCAACAAGCUUCUGUUCGACAAUGAAAACCAGAAGAAAAAGCUAUCCUGGGAAGAAAGAUACAAAAUCCUCAAUGAUGUAGCUCAAGCAUUGUUAUAUCUGCAUGAAGAAUGCCAACAGAUGGUGGUUCACAGAGAUCUGAAACCCAGCAACAUUUUGAUCGAUGAAGGUCUCAAUGCAAAGCUAGGGGAUUUUGGCUUGGCAAGAACAUAUGAGCAUGGACACAAUCCAGAUACAACAAACAUAGUGGGCACACUAGGGUACAUGGCUCCUGAACUAACAAGAACUGGGAGAGCCACGGAAAGUACAGAUGUGUACAGUUAUGGUACACUGCUGCUGGAAGUUGCUUGCGGAAGGAGGCCAAUCGAGCCAUAUAAGAAUGGUGGGGAGAUAGUAUUGGUGGAUUGGGCGAGGAAACAACAUUGUGCAGGAGACAUUACCAGAGUUGUUGAUCCCACAUUGGAUAACUAA